CAACACUGAGCAGCGCGUCGCCGCGUCGCGUCAGUCGCGUCAUAACCUUGCUAGAAAGACUACGUAAUUUACGCGCGCUUCAAUUUUCUCGGAAAAUUCGUAUUUUCGUUACGUCUAUAGUAAGUGACAGUGAUUACGUUUGUUGCAGUUACCGUCGAGGACAUUUUUCCGUCAGUUUCGACCAGUGCCACUGUGAAAAUCGGUGUUUUUCCAAAACCUUAUUAGUGUUUAAAAAUUAUUGUACAAACUUGGCGCGUGGCUUGUUGCUUUGUUGGUUGCCUACGUUUUGCCAAACAAAACUACAUGAAGAUGAGUCCCAGUGUUUACGGUUCGACGAGGCUUUUAUUAUCGACCACAAAUCAGGAUUUGAGGAUGUUUAACAAACCAGAGGUCAGAAAAGUCAAAAGAAUACUGUUCGGUCCAGUGGACCGUUCAGCCACACAAAAGUUUAUAGACGACGAAAGAAAAAAGCUCCUGAUCGACCAAUCAAACAAAUACAACUUCAAUUUUCGCCUGGAACAUCCUUUACCAGAAGGCCAAUUCGCCUGGCGACUGGCGACUCCGCCCAAACAACCACCAAAAACACCCACGAAAAGAAAAAUGGACGGCGAAAUCGAUAUCAGCAAUCAAUACUGCGAUUUACCUGAACUCCACGAGGCCGACAUCGUAAGGCCGAGACCCAUUAAGUCAGUGUCACAGGAGCACCGAAUUCAGCAAAGCAGGAUAACAGAUUUCAUGAAAGCUACUAAAAGACCGUUGAGUGACAUAUCCAAGAAAGCGCCAUCAUCUUCAUCGAAUUGGAACCAAUCAGAGAUUCCGACAAAAAUAGCCAGACUAGAUAUCCUUACUUAAAGCCAUCCCCUUGUUUCUUAAACGAAAUCGUUUCUAAUAUAGGGUGAGUCUUGAAAGUGCGAAUUAACACUUUGAAAAAGUUUUAGUUUUGUAUUUUCUAAGAACCACCCUGUCGAUUUUUUUUUUACCUUCUUCCACUUGAUACAAAUUAAUGAUGAUCUCUAAAAAAAUAAAUUUAUUUUAUUAUUAUUUUUUUUUAAGUAGAGUAAAAUAUUAAGUUUUUUUGUUCAAAUAUUUUAAAUCUUGAAACGGAGUAACUGUUUCAAAGAUAAAAAUAAUUAAUUAUCAUAAUAUAGGUUAUUGCUGUACUAUAAUUUUUUUUGUUGGUCUUGUAGACUUUAAUUGUAUUUAUUUUUCGUGUGAUCUCGCUGAAAUCUUCUUUUUUUUUUUUUGUUAGCGUUUCCUUCCUUUUUUUUAGUUACCUUUUUCUGUCUUUAAUCAAAUCGAAUUUGUUUUGGGCUCACUCACAUGCAUUCACAUCAAAAUAUCUGAAAGAAACAUCACACAUUCCCUGUUGUUGUACAUUAGAAAUUUCAGUAUUUUUUUUUUUAGGUUAAGAGACUAUGUGGUAGCUUCAGUGAUGUGAUAUUUUUUGGAGCAUUUGUGUGGUCUAUUUCAACUAGAAUAAAUUGAAAUAGACUCACAAUAUCUGAUAUAUAUUUUUGUUAGUUGAUUAGCUGCCACAUGAGUCGUAUAUUGUACAAAAUUUUGGUUUUUGUAUAUUGUGUAUAAAACUAUAUGUUAAAAUGCAGGGUGUUUCAAGCCAACUUAUCGUGCAAUGCUGGUAAUUGCUACCAGGUGUAAAUAACAUUUUAAGAAGUUGGUUUUUUCUUAUAGUAAGAUAUUUUGAUGGUUAAAAUUAAUGUCAUUACUAUAAAAAGGCGGUGGAAGUUGGAUUUCUAAUUUAAAAUAACUUUUAAUAUAACCUACGUUUUAUACCUGAUUAAUGUUUGCUUUUGAAUUAGUUGAAUUUUUUGGCCCAAAGAAAUUGAGUACAAAAUUUUUGCAGAGUUUCAUACAGGAUUUUCGGUCCUUGUAUAAUUUGGCAGCUUUGCGCCCUUUUUGUCUGAUAACGAGAGAGAGAACGAUUUUGGGAUUAUUUUUUUUUGGCUUGUAAGGGUCCUUUAUUUAAGUAAAGUUAAGGUAAUUUUUUUUUUGUUGAGAUUGAUGAGGGGAUUUUUUAAUGUGCACUUUAUUUUCAAUUGAUUGAAAAAUGCCCUUUUAUUUGGAGAGGAAUCAAGUUUGAUACAUGUAAAAUGCAGACAUAUUGAGCCUCAGUUGCAGAUCUCAAGUUUCUGCAAUUAACUUUUUUUUUAGAUUAUAAGUGAAUUUUGAGAUGAGAAAAAUACAUAAAAUUGAAAAAAAAAAAUAACGUAACAUCUGUGAUGUAUUAUGAUAAUGAUCUCAAAAGAAGAGAAGAAAUUUAUUAAUAUAUAUUUUUUUGUGAGGAAGAUUUUUUGAUGGCUCAAAUUGCACUUGUUGAAGAUUGCACUAAAGGCCAACAAAAAAUCAUUCCCUCCCCUUUUUAUUAAAAUAAAGAAGAUAUAAAAUUUAGAUUUAAUUUAAUCCUAGAUAAAUUGAAAUUCAUAAUUAUUGAUGUAAAUUUGUUGUAAAAAAAAUAACAUUUAAAUAAAAAGUAUAUGUGAAGCUUAUAAUAAAGGCUUCCUUUUGUUAGUGUAA